AUGGUCAUCUACGCAUUCUCGGAGUUGUCAAAGCCGAUCAAGGCGUCUACCAGUGCAUCGCAAGAAAUGAGGCGGGCACCGUAUCCUCCUAUGCUCAACUCCUCGUCGAUAGUCAUGUUCCUCAGAAGGCAAUCCUCGUCUCAGUUUGAGACGGACCUACCAGUUCAGAUGAAAACUUCUUGCCUGAAUAGUUUCUUCUCGAGAGAGGUUGUUCUGGAUGGUGGUUGGACUACCGAGAAUAAAAGAGAGCGCUCCAUUAAUGCGUCAUCGCGAUGGGCAACCCUUUCCGGUCUUUCUCCCGAGAAAUUGUACAUCAUUCGGGUGGCCGGGGAGAAUGAGGCUGGAAUCGGGCUCUCUUCUGAUCACAUCAAGAUCACCACGGCAAAAGAACAAGCCGUUCCGGGUCAAAUUUCGCACCUGGCGGCGACGGCAACAGGUUCAGAGGGUGUAGAUGUUCGCUGGGAGCCCCCGGGAGGGAAUGGAGGACAACCAUCACCACAUAGAUAUUCUCUUUUCUAUCGGAGACAUCCACCCACCCAUAAUGAACCGGAGACGCAGAUCACGGUCUCCUCAACGGAAUAUUCGCUCCACGGUCUCGACAAAUACACCGAAUACGCCAUUCGAGUCGAAGCCGAAGGGGAUAAUGGAUCUGGGCUGUCAUCGGAUGUCGUCACGGUCCGUACCCUGCCCGACGCCCCGUCAGCCGCUCCAGAAGACGUGGCCGUCGAGCCGGAAUCUUCUACGGCGAUCCGCGUAACUUGGAAACCACCACCAAAGAAUGCGCAUAACGGACAGUUAACUGGCUACCGUAUCAAGUACAAAACGAAGCAAAAGGGCACGAAAAUACAGCAGAUUGCUGUGGAAGAUCCACAUUUAAUGGAGAGACGCUUGGAUGAUCUUGAUCCUGGACAGCAUUAUCAGAUACGAGUGGCUGCUGUCAAUCAGAACGGUACGGGUCCAUUUUCCGACUGGCUUCGCGCCGAUACCCCUUCCGUUGACAAGGAGGAGAAGCUGCUCGGAGCCCCGGUCGAAUUGAAGCCGAUUCCAGGCCCGGACUACAUCAUCGUAACGUGGAAACCCCCGUCCGAUGACACGACAAUAAUCCGUGGCUAUCAGAUUGGCUGGGGAAAUAAUGUGCCGGAUGUGGAGAUGGAGACUGUCGGUCCAUCAGCACUGCAACAUCGCAUUGAGGGGCUGCAUCCGGGCAGGGAAUAUGUGAUCAGCGUUCGGGCGAAAAACAACGUCGGGUUGGGGUAUCCGAUUUAUGAGACUGUCCGGACCGGAAGUGAAAAGGGGAGGAGCCCGUUUGGGAAUUCUGAUGAUGGGCAUGCUGAUGAUGGCGAUGAUUCUACCGUAACCCCAAUCGGCGUCCGUGCCGAGGCCAUUUCCGCUUCAUCAAUGCGUAUCAUUUGGACUGAUCCGGAUCAAGAGGCAUUUAACGUCAAAUAUACCGUCAAAUACUCUACACAAGCGGAAGGCAACAAACUACAUUAUGCGGAGUCAUCAGAUCCAUUUGUGGUUGUCGAGAGUCUGAGGCCGGCGACAGAAUAUGAAUUCUCUGUGCGAACAUCACAUCGAGGGGCACACUCACUGUGGAGUAUGGCUGCCAGAAAUAGAACCCUGUCCUCCCCUCCCUCCUCUGCUCCUCGUGAUCUCUCGCUCUCCCCAUCCCCAUCUGGAGAUCCACAUCAUGUUCUUCUCGAGUGGAAACCACCCAAAUAUGCCAAUGGAGAAUUGCUCGAAUACCUGAUCUACUACACGGACCGUUCGACCCUAGAAGACAAAGAUUGGCGUCUCCUCUCUAUCCCCGCAGCUCGUAAUACACAUUCUAUCGCUGAUCUACUCCCAUCAUCCACCUAUUACUUCAAGAUACAAGCCAGGAAUGAGAUGGGUUAUGGCCCCCUCUCCCCGGUCGUUACUUGGCGAGGUAUCGGAGGAUUAGCCGUUCCUACCGGCCGAGUACCGCUUGGAGGAGCUGGAACUGCUUUUUCGAUCGACCAUUUUGUUCAGGUGGUACCCUCUCGCGAUCCUACCAUCACUCGUCUUCGAGUCUCGAGCAGAGAGGAGGGCCGAGAACACCACAAGUUGUAUAUACCGGCAUUGGAAGACAUCAGCCGAUCGCAAAGAUCCUUCACAACCGUCUGCCCUCCUCCCCGUGGUGGCCCCCAAGUGAUAAUGGCCCAAAAACAAGUGCCAGUUGGAAGGGCCCAGGCACAACCAAGGGUCAAUAUGGCCAAUAUUUACAGCCCGUACGCCUCGUGCUCCCAAAUUCCGCGGGAUGACGACAAGCAUAUAGCUCGUAUGGAUUCGGAAUCGGAUGAGAGGACACCGUUGCAGCCAUCCGCCUCCAACGAGGAACUCAACGAGCUGACCGAGAAUAUCGACAACUUCCUCGACGAUCUCAAAAAUAUGGACAUGGGACCAAGAUCUGAGGCCGGCUGGAGCGCCGAU